AUGAAGAAAAAGAAUCCAGAUAUUGAUGGACCGAAGUCAAAUAAAUGGUUUUGUUCAUUCAAGAACCCGUACGGUUGGAAGGAAUCGUGUGGUAAGAUGUACAAAAUAUUAAAUAACUUGUUUUGUAAUAAUGCGAUCACAACGGGGUGUAGAAUCUGGAUUGGAAUCUUCAUUUCUCAAGGUCGCAACAAACCUGCAAACGAGGAUUUGUGGUGGGUUUUAAACAACCUGGCCCUUGCCUUUCGGAACGUGCUUGGUUUCAAUACGUUUAACGAAAGAACACGAAAAUAUUCCUUUUUUGAAUAUUUGUAUUAUAGUUAUGACAUUUCCCUUUGUAAACGCGCGUUUCAACACUUACACUUGGCCAGUCCGCUUCAUUCUCUAUAUAUGAGUAAUCUUGAUUGUUUAUUUAAAAACUGCGAAUUUGCGACAGUGUAAAAGGAAAUGGCACCAGCCGAAUAAUGUCUUUUUGCCCUGGGGUGACUUGCAUGGAAGAAAAAAACGUUUGCAUCAACAUGUUCAAUGGUCUAUUGCAAUUCUAAUUUAUGCAUUAAUUCCUACUCAAAAGUAGUCAUUAAAUUAGCUUUUCCUGCGUUUGGUAUAUCCGCUACUUUUGAGGUUCUGCCUCUUACAAUUCUGAGAGUGUAGGUUGUGUGUAAGAUGGUAUAUAUAUAGAUUUACAGAUAUUAAUAUUGGCUCGCGUGAGAAAGAUUAAUUAAACUCACUCCCUUUACAUGCACUAGGCUUGGCAAUGAAGUAUCAUCCAAAAACGUCUCUUUUACUUUUAGCUAUAAGAAUUCGCUCCGGAACGGAUGAUGAUACACAUAUAGGACAAGUGGAGGUUAAUGUGGAAAAAUCAGAAAUAUGGAAAAAAAUAUUUAGUAGUAAUUGGACUAUGAAUGAAGCGAACGUGGUUUGUAAGGAAGCCGGGCACGGAAAAGCGCUGGAAUUCAUAAAUGAGAAACACUAUCCCAGACGAAAGUCCUUGGAUGACACAAUUUUCCCUGCCGACGUUUCCAAUGAAGAACAAUAUUCAGUAUCAUGGAUAGGAAACUGCAGUGGCUCUGAGUACUCAAUAUUACGAUGUGGCGAACUUAAUCCAACUCAUAUUACCACUGCUGUGCCAGGUGUUGGCGUUAGAUGUCAAAUUCCUGGUAAGAAACAUUACAUAGUCUACUUGUAA